AUGGAUAAGACAGACAUCAGUCAUGUCGAGCUUGCAGAAGAAUCUAACAAGUACCCAACCCAAGAUGGACAGGUUGAGCUCUUGAAAGGCAACCAGGUCGUACUCAUCCCGGCCCCCUCUGCAGACCCUAGAGAUCCGUUGGACCUCCCUCCGUGGCGCAAAUGGAUUCUCUUGGUUCUUGUCUCAGCAUACAGCUGCACAGCCCUUGUGCUUGCUUCCGGAAUGGGUCCUAUCUUCUCCGUCGUCGAGCAGGAUUAUCCCGGUCAGGAAACGAAAGCUAAUGACCUCAUGACCUACCCGACACUGUUCAUGGGCGUUGGAAACCUCAUCGCCAUUCCAUGGGCAUACACAGCUGGUCGGCGGCCUGUAUUUCUUGCAUCAAUGUUACUCCUCGUUGGAGCUGGUAUUUGGUGCCAGUGUUCAAACAGCUUGGGGAGCCACAUUGCAGGCCGCAAUAUUAUGUCGCUGGCUGCCGGACAAAGUGAAGCCCUUUCUCCAAUGAUUGUACAAGAGAUCCAUUUCCUUCACGAGCGCGGUCGUAAGAUUGCCUGGUUUGUCUUUAUCCAAAACAUCGCUGCCGGUGUCUUCUUCGUUAUCUCCACAUACAUGGUUUCUGCUUGGGGAUGGAGAUGGUGGUAUGGCUUUUUCACUCUCAUGAAUGCCCUGAUAUUCGUUUUGUCGGUCAUCUUUGUGACAGAGUCUCACUUUGUGAGACCCGGGAAGAAGCAAUCCGAAGGCAAUCCGCAUUGUAUCCGAAGGUAG